AUGCUCAACACAAAUCACUACAACGCUUUGAGCUUGGCUCAGCCCACGAACUUCAAGUCCAUGUUACACUCCGGCAAGCUGCUCUGGGGCACGGGAUGCCGAAUCCCCCAUGAAGAGGCGGCGCGGAUUGUUGCCUCGACCCCGUAUCACUUCUGCUUCAUAGACGCGGAACACACGCCUCUGAACGCAACGCUGCUUGUCAACCUUGUCCGAACGAUUCAGUAUCACUCCAGCGGCUCCAUGGUACCAUUCGUUCGGAUCCCGGGCUGCUCGCCCGAGCUGGUCAAUUAUGCCCUGAAUGCCGGCGCGGGGGGUGUCGUGAUGCCUCACAUCCAAAACGCCCGACAAGCAGAGGAAUUGGUCCGGUUGGCUCGGUUUCCGCCCAUGGGCGACCGCAGCUUCCCUCCCGCGGCCCUCAUCAACAAGAGGCAGCAAAGGACGCCGGAGUCCCAGACCGUCUACGAUGUGUGGAACGACCAUGCCGCCGUCAUCUGCCAGAUAGAGGAUUUGCAAGGCUUGGACAAUAUCGAGGAGAUCUGCGGCGUUCCAGGAGAGGAAUUGGUCCGGUUGGCUCGGUUUCCGCCCAUGGGCGACCGCAGCUUCCCUCCCGCGGCCCUCAUCAACAAGAGGCAGCAAAGGACGCCGGAGUCCCAGACCGUCUACGAUGUGUGGAACGACCAUGCCGCCGUCAUCUGCCAGAUAGAGGAUUUGCAAGGCUUGGACAAUAUCGAGGAGAUCUGCGGCGUUCCAGGAGUUGACGGGCUCUUUAUUGGUACCGGUGAUUUGCGCAUGUGUAUGGGGUUGGCUGUGGGGAGUCUGGAUGGCGAUGAGCCCGUGUUUGUCUCUGCGCUCCAGAGGAUCCGGGAUGCUGCAAAGGCCAAUGACCUUCCAAUCAUGGGUUUUGGCAUCUCCCCUUCUACCCUUGAGCGUAGGAUUGACAUGGGCUGGAAUGCAUUCAUUAUACACGGCGACAUUGAUGCCAUAUGCACCUCGGCCGUCCGGUCCUUGGAUUCUUACUGCGAUGCCGCCGAUCACUACCUAUCUGCGAGAAGGAACAAGAAUGGCAAUGGCUCUUCUAAUGGCUUGGUUCAAAAUCUAGGAAGCACAACCAGGGAAGAGGGGACUGUUGGUUCUCGGAACGCUUCACAGCCUGUGAGACCCCAGUAG